GAGAGAGUUUGGGAGAGGGUUGUUUACUGAUUAGUUAGUAGAUAAGAACUACUUUAAGUGAAGGAAAGGACAAUACUUGAUACAGGGAUGGUCAGCUGAACUGGACUGGAGUAAAAGCAAAGAAGUUUCCAGGAUAAACUGAAUGCUUCAAAGGUCAGCAGAGCAAGGGCGGGGGUUUGGGGACUAUGGCUUAAGGGGACUUCUGAGUCAAUUGGCAAAAUAAAUUCUAUUAUGAAAACAUUCUGCAUCCCACUUUGAAGCGUGGGGUUUGGGGUCUUAAAUGCUAACAAGCGGCCAUCUCAGAUGCAUCAAUUGGUCUCAACCCACCUGGAUCAAAGGACAAUGAAGAACACCAAGGUCACACAAUAACUAUGAGCCCAAGAGACAGAAAGGGCCACAGGAACUAGAGACUUACAUCAUCCUGAGACCAGAAGAACUAGAUGGUGCCCGGCCACAACUGAUGACUGCCCUGACAGGGAGCACAACAGAGAACCCCUGAGGGAGCAGGAGAACAAUGGGAUGCAGACCCCAAAUUCUCAUAAAAAGACCAGACUUAAUGUUCUGAGUGAGACUAGAGGAAUCCCAGCGAUCAUCAUCCCCAAACCUUCUGUUUGCCCAGGACAGGAACCAUUCCUGAAGACAACUCAUCAGACAUGGAAGGGACUGGACAAUGGGUUGGAGAGAGAUGCUGAUGAAGAGUGAGCUACUUGUAUCAGGUGGACACUUGAGAUUGUGUUGGCAUCUCCUGUCUGGAGGCGAGAUAGGAGGGUAGAGAGGGUUAGAAACUGGCAAAACGGUCAUGAAAGGAGAGACUGGAAGGAGGGAGUGGGCUGACUCAUUAGGGGGAGAGUAAAUGGGAGUAUGUAGUAAGGUGCAUAUAAGCUUAUAUGUGACAGACUGACUUGAUUUGUAAACUUUCACUUAAAGCACAAUAAAAAUUAUUUAAAAAAUGAGUGUUAAGAAUAAUAGAUAAAUCAUUCAUCAAGAGUUCAAGUUGAAAUAGAACUUCGGUUGGGUGCUUAUGUAAUGAAGCAAAAAUUGCCUUUUUAAAUGACUGUGCCUUGGUCACAGCCCUUUCAUUCAUGGUUAACAUUUCGGAAUUUACUCUUUUCUUUUUAGAAAUUUCCUGCAAAUUACAAGAAAUUGUAAGUGGAUAUUCUGUAUCUCCAGACAGAAUUUAUAAGGUGAAUGAGCGAUUUCACCAUAAAUGUAACCAGGGUUUUGAAUACAGUGAAAGAGGAGAUGCUGUAUGCACCCAAAAUAGAUGGAGUUCAUGUCCUUCACAUAAAAAAAUCACAUGUAAUCCUCCUUCUAUUGCAAAUGGUUUCUACAUACCUAAAAGGACAACAUACAGAAGUGAAGAUAAAAUCAACUACGGGUGUAAAAAUGGCUUUUAUCCUGCAACCAGGGGAUAUACGGCACUAUGUACUAGCAGUGGCUGGGUACCUACGCCAGGAUGUAGUUUGAAACCUUGUGGUUUUCCAGAAAUAAAAAAUGGAUAUCUACGUAAUGAAGAUUAUAGACCAGACUUCCCAGUAGAGACAGGAAAAUCUUUCUACUACUACUGUAAUAGUGGUUUUCUGACUCCUUCAGAACAAUCUGGGGGCUACAUAAAAUGUACAGGAGAAGGAUGGUCACCAAGUGUCCCGUGCCUCAAAAGAUGCUAUUUGUAUCAUGAUGAGAAUGGAUAUUCUCAUUAUUCAAGAAGAUAUCAUUCAGAGGGUCAUUCUGUAGAUGUUCAGUGCAAUCCAGGCUACAGUCUUCCAAAUGGACAUGGCAGCGUUACUUGUACAGAGCAUGACUGGUCCCCUCCUCCCAAAUGCAUUCGAGUCAAAACAUGUUCAAAGUCAGAUACAAAUAUUGUGAAUGGAUUUAUUUCUGAACCUAGGCAUACAUAUCCUGUGUAUUAUCAAACACAAUACAAGUGCAAACCAGGAUAUGUAACAGCAGAGGGUAAAACAUCAGGACCUAUCAUAUGCUUGGAAAGUGGAUGGUCAACUCAACCCAUAUGCAUUAAAUCUUGUGAUAUGCCAUUCUUUGAGAACGCCAGAGCCAAAAGUAAUGGCACGUGGUUUAAGCUCAAUGACCAGAUGGACUAUGAAUGCAGCGCUGGCUAUGAAAACACAGGUGGGAGCACCACAGGCUCUAUAGUAUGUGGUGAUGAUGGCUGGUCUGACACACCCACGUGUUAUGAAAGAGAAUGCAGUGUUCCUGGUAUACCACCAAACUUAGAUGCUUCACCCAAGAAAGACAAAUAUAAAGUUGGAGAUGUACUGCAAUUCUCUUGUAAACAGAGAUCUAAAAGAGUUGGAGCAGAUUCCAUCCAGUGCUACCACUUUGGAUGGUCCCCUAAUCCCCCAACAUGUAAAGGGCAAGUAAGCUCUUGUGGUCCACCUCCUCAACUCCUCAACGGGGACGUUAAGGGGACAAAGAAGGAAAAAUAUGAACACAACGAUGUGGUGGAAUAUGGUUGCAAUCCCAGAUUCCUAAUGAAGGGAUCUAAGAAAAUUCAAUGUGUUGAUGGAGAAUGGACAGCUUUGCCUAUAUGUGUUGAGGAAGAGAGUACAUGUGGGGAUAUACCUAUACUGGAGCAUGGCUACAGCUUGCCUUCUGACCCUCCCUAUCACCACGGAGAUUCAGUGGAGUUCACUUGCAAAGAAUCCUUUACAAUGAUCGGAUACAGAUUAAUUACGUGUGUCAGCGGAAUGUGGAGCCAACUUCCUCAGUGCGUUGCAACAGAACAACUUGAGAAGUGUAAAUUAUCAAGGAUAGUUGGAUCUUAUUCAAGACUAUCAGAUCAGACUGAAAUUAAUCAUAACACAAACUUCAGUUACAGGUGUAGAGGAAAAUCAGAGUACAAACAAUCAACCUGCAUAAAUGGAAGGUGGGAUCCCAAGCUAACUUGCACAGAGGAAAAAAAACAAUUAUGCCCACCUCCACCUCAUAUUCCCAACGCUCGAAAUAUGACAAUAACAGUGAAUUAUCAGGAAGGAGAAAAAAUAUCUAUUCUCUGUCAAGAAAAUUACCUAAUUCAGAAAACCAAUGAAAUCGUGUGCAAAGAUGGAAGAUGGCAGUCGAUACCUCGCUGUGUUGAAAACAUUCUAUGUUCUCUACCACCUCAUAUUAAACAUGGAAAAAUUAAUUUAUCAAGAUUUUCAGAAGUAAGGAAAGAAACAUCCACACCUAGAUCCUAUUCACAUGGCACUAAAUUGACUUACAUCUGUGAAGAUGGUUUCAAGCUAUCUGAAGAAGAUGGGAUAACAUGCCAUGGGGGAAAAUGGAGUUCUCCACCUCAGUGUGUAGAUUCUGAAGGAAAAUGUGGGCCCCCUCCACCUAUUGAAAAUGGAGACAUAACUUCAUUCCCAUUACCCACAUAUGCUCAAGGAUCAACAGUUGAGUACCAAUGCCAGAACCUCUACGAACUUCAGGGUAACAAACAUAUAACAUGUACAAAAGGACAGUGGUCAGAACCACCAAAAUGCUUAGAUGCAUGUGUAAUAUCAGAAGAAAUGAUGGAAAAACAUAAUAUAAAGUUAAAAUGGAAAUAUGACAAAAAAAUUUAUUCCAAAACAGGGGAUACUGUUGAAUUUACCUGUAAACAGGGAUAUACAGAAAAGACACCAAGAGAGACUUUUCAAGCAACAUGUCAGGAAGGGAAGCUGAAGUAUCCCAGUUGUGAAAAAUCAUACUUUGGUUAA